CUCGUAACGAUAACCAGUAUAUAAUCUUUCCCAUAUCUCAUCUUUGUAUAUCGUCAGUCUCAUCUUCUCCAUUAUAUCUGCAUCUCAUUAUUUUUGUCUUUUUCUUUUUGGAAUUGCCCGGCGUUUGUUUUGGACAUCAUUCAUUGUUCAUCGAGAUCUGUCUCAGCCUCUAUAACACUCAUAAAUUCCGAGCGUAUUUCGCCACCAGCCAUGGGAGAUAUCAAAGAUGACGACGCAAAUACCAUCUGGGAGAUGUCUGAAGACGGCUGUUACGUGGGCCUGACACACGAUUAUCUCAACAUCCAACAGGCCAUAGAUAAAGUUCGCAGUCCCGCGGCCGGCGCCAUUGUCUUGUUUGCAGGAACAACGCGGGAUAACUUUGCCGGGAAGCCAGUAAAGGAACUUCAGUACACAGCUUAUAAUAAGCUGGCCUUGCGGACAAUGUUGACCAUCUGCAAAGACAUCCUCAGCAAGCACGGCCUCAAAGGCAUCUCUAUGAUCCAUCGCUUAGGCACCGUACCUAUUGGCGAAGAAAGUAUUCUCAUUGCAGUCUCGUCACCACAUCGGCAAGCUGCGUGGAGGGCCGGGGAGGAGGCCCUGGAAGCAUGCAAAUCUAGGGUAGAGGUAUGGAAGAAGGAAGAAUUCGAAGGCGAAGAGGGCGUCUGGAGGGCAAAUCGAGAUGGUGCCAUGGGACAAAAGGUGGAUUCAUGAGUGAUUCUAUAUUUCUUCUAUCCUGUUGCUUCUCUGCCGCUGUCAUCUCUCAAAGAUGAAAUACUCUGAUAUAUCCCCCGCUAUUUAAUCAUAAAACCAUUCCCAGCUGUUUGCGAGUCUCGCCUUUUUAUUUUUCGUAUACGGGUAACGGCUCUUUUAGAUAUUCAAAUGGACACAAUGGCGGGCGACUGGAAUCGCGCUUCCCUAGCAUGACUGUUGCAGAAGACAAGGUUAGCAUCUAUGAGUAAUUGG